GCUUCACGCCACCGAUACCACCAUCGUCAGCCAUGACCGACCCCCUCGACCCAUGCGCCGUUCUCGAGACGCUCGCGCAAACUGUCACUACUUCAUCCGUCACGCUGCGUAACCAGCACGACGCUUUCGCCGCGGUCUUGCACGCCGCCCUUGUGCGUCUAGACUUCCGCCUCGUUGGGCUUGCUGAAGAGGACAGGCUGAGCGACUAUCCUGAGCAAAGCGGUCAAGCUGCAGAAGGCUCCUCAUCGUCCUCUACGAUCGCCUCGACCUCCCGCCUACCUUCCCCAGCUUGGUUCGCUCAAGGCCCGGAAUCCUACACCUUCCGCUACAGGCAUGAUCAAUCCAGCCUCACAUUCCUCAUCAAAGUCAUCCGCAUGUCCUCGCGCAUCCUCGUACACGCAAGCAGUAUCGAAGCGCAGUCCAGUGGAGAGAGCAAGACGGCUUCGCUCGAGGUCAGCGUCGACGAAUACACGUCGAAGAGCUACUGGCCGUACCCUCGCCCUGAGGGACAGACGGAGCCAUUGGUGAACGGCUUCAUCGGUGCUAGUAGGCUCAAGGACCUGCUAUUAGCCUUCAAGGGCAAGGUGGUGCAGAAGCUCGUUCCUGGGCUACGAAAGGAUGGGUACCAGGAAGAAACCAGUCAAGACGAAGAGGCUGCAAGUCGUCGUGCAGCUGGCUCCUCAACUCAGCAACCUCGCCCUCGUCCCCCUCCGAGCCACGACGAUGACGACCCUUUGGCGGGAGGCGGCGUCGGUGGUGUACCCUACCGACCUGGCGACAUACCCGGUCGCAAUCCUCUCGCAAUCGGGGAUCGCGACCUCCAACCGCUGGGCGGGAUGCGCCCUCCUGGCUCCUUUGGACCUCCUCCCCUCUUCGGCGGCGGCGGCGGCGGCGGCGGGAUCGGUGGGGGCAUGGGCGGCGGCAUGUAUCCAUCCGGCUUGGAUGACCCCCUCUUCCGUGAUCGCUUUCCCGGAACAGGCGGAGGCGUACCCUUCGGUGGAGGCACAGGACAGCCUAGGGGCCCUUGGGGAGGAGACGGGUUCCUACCCCCUGGCGCAGUACCACCGGGUGCGAGGUUCGAUCCUAUCGGGCCGAUGGGGCCACAACCUGGGUUCCCAGGACAAGGAGGGGCAGGAAGAGGGGGACAAGCUCCACCGGGUAGCGGAGAUCCGGAUUGGGAUGAUGUGCGACCCCCAAGGAGUGGGGAUUAUGAUUCAAUGUUUCAAUAGGCGGCGCGGAGCGGAGGCGAGCAGCAGGCUCGCCAAUCUCAAUCAAUGUACAGUCACUCAUGUCAUGUUGCAUGCCAUGGCCAUUCCAAUGACUGUUCUAGCUACGUCUUCCGGCACCUCUUCACUUCUCCUUACUCUCGACCCUCACAACCAGCCCCUCACCCAAUCUCUCCAGCUCAGCGAGCACUGCCUCCUUAUUCAGCUUCACAUUCUCCCCGCCUUCCUUCCCGUCCACGGGCAUCGCGUUGAACCCGAUUCUCGGCUUGAACCUCUUGCCCUCUCUCUGGCUCAACGCCGGGUUCCAAAGACCACCAACGACGUCCCCACCGUUUACAUCGUAGUAGAGUCGCAGCGAGUCAGAGUAGAGGCCGCGAAGCAGCUGGACGAAGGA